AUGAUCAACGAGACGCGGAGCGCGAAGGGCACGGCGCCGGCGACGCCUGCCGGGACAGGGCUGUUCAGGUGCGGCAGCGGCGAGUCGCUAGCGUCGGCGUGGACGGCAGACACAUCUGCGGGGUGCAGCCCCUGCGCGCGCAAGUACAUGGCGGGGCUGGGCGGCGGUGGUGGCGGCGGCGAGGCCGCGCCGCGGGCGACGACGACGACGAACUGGCUCCGGCCGUUGAUGGCGUUCCAGGGCUACCAGAUAUCGGGGUACAAGAAGUACCAGGUGCACGUGCUGUUGCAGACGGUGGCGUUGCCGGCGGAGGGGUGCGCGGCGGCGACCACGCCGCACGUGACGGGGUUUCUCACGAUCCGCGGGCUGACGAACCAGCACCCGGAGAUCACGACGUUUUUCGAGAGCUUCGCGGUCAACGACACGGUGGGCUUCCUCUCGAGCAGCAUGCCGCCGGAGUUGGCGGAGUACAAGAGCAGCGACCGCGUGGACCUGGAGCACUGGUUGAACUUCCCGAGCUUCAAGGAGCUCUGCAUGGCCGGCGGCGGCACGACGGUCGCGGACAUCAUGGACGGACACUACACGCACCGCGACUACCUCGCGCGGCGCUUCGUGUUCAUGCGCUGGAAGGAGAAGUUCCUGGUGCCGGACGAGGAGGUGGGCGCGGUCGAGGGCGCGUCCUACGACGGCUACUACUACAUCGUGCACGACCAGGUCACGGGCAGCGUGCUGGGCUUCUACUACCACAAGGACGCGGAGAAGUUCCAGCAGUUGGAGUUGACGCCGGUGUACCCAGACCGCCAGGGCGUGUGCUGCUUCGAAUUCGCAUGA